AUGGAUACUAUCAACAGGCGUUAUCGAAAACUGAAAGGCAGACCUUCUAAGAGGAAACGUAUGUGUUCCGCUAAUAUUAGCAAGAGAUGGAAUAAAAAUGUUGCAGAGAAUUCUGAAAAUGUAGUAUCUGUGGAAAAUUCUGUUGCUAUUGAAGAAGUAUGUAUAGAUAAAAAUAAGAAAUCAUUUAGUGCUAGUGCUAAAAAAUUAGGAUUAUUUCCAUCAACUUCUUCGUCCACUAGCAAUGUUACAGAAAAAAAUUCCUAUAUAAUGAUGAACAAUGACAUGUGGUCUUCUCUUUUAUCAAAUAUAAAAUGCAGUGAAUGUGACAUGUGCUCAUUGGAUGUUGAAUCUAAUGGUGAAUAUGGCUUUUCAACAAAAAUAGAACUGAAAUGUAAAAACUGCAAUAAAAUAUUUAGCUCUAUUUUUUCAAGUCCUCGAGAAAAAGACAGUAAAUGCUUCGAAGCUAAUAAAAAGCUUGUCGAAGCUUUUCUAAAAAUUGGGAAAGGGCAUGCGGCUUUGGAAAUUUUCUCCAUGGCUAUUGGUAUUCAUGCAAUGGACAAAAAGACAUUUUCAAAAUGUUUGCACCAGUUGUAUGAUGAAAAACAGACCCACAAAGAUGACAUUUUAGAAGUAUCUAGGAAGAUUGUUCGAAAAAAGCAUCAGGAGUUAUCGUCUGCAGUUGAAGAAAAUUUAGAUGAUGCGAUUGACAUUACAGUCUCAUAUGAUGGGACAUGGCAAAAGCGGGGACAUUCAUCACUGUAUGGAAUUGGUAUCAUUGUAGAUAUUUUAACGGGACUUAUUAUUGAUUUCGAAAUAAUUUCGAAGUAUUGUCCAGAAUGCACAACUGCUAAAAGAGACCUUGGAGAAAAAAGUCCUGAAUUUUCCAUAUGGUACAAAACACACAAAUCUGAUUGCAGUAAAAACUAUAUGGGAUCUUUAAAUUCUAUGGAGACCAAAGCUGCUGAAAUUUUGUGGAAAAGGUCUAUAAAAAAUUGUGGUAUGCGAUAUGUGAGUGUCGUGUCAGAUGGUGAUGCCAAGACAUACCAACAUGUAUCAGAAUUAAAUGUGUAUGGUGAAGAUGUAGAAAUUACCAAAGAAGAAUGCGUAAACCAUGUGGCAAAGAGACUUGGUACGGGGCUUCGUAAAAAGGUUAAAGAAUGUCAAAGUAAAGGAAUUACACUUGGUGGCCGUAAAGUGGGAAGUUUGAAAGAGAGCACCAUAUUAAAGCUAACAAACUAUUAUAGAAAAGCUAUAAAAGAGAAUGUCCCUGAUGUCCAAAAAAUGAAAUCAGCAAUAUUUGCAUCUUUAUUCCACUGCUCAUCGACAGAUAAAACACCUAAGCAUAGUAAAUGCCCUACUGGUUCUACUUCAUGGUGUUUUUAUCAGAGGGCUCUAGCUAACAAUGAAGAGCCAAAAUCACAUUCCACAAUGAAAACAAAAUUAUCGGAACUGGUGCUGGAAAAAAUUCUACCGAUCUAUCAAAGGCUUGCUAAUAAUGAAUUGUUAGCGAGAUGUGCUUCUGGAAAAACCCAAAAUGCAAAUGAAAGCAUCCACAGCAUUAUUUGGAAAAACUGCCCCAAAGAAAUUUUUGUUUCUAAAAAGAGAUUGGAAAUGGCAGUAAUUACUUCUGUAGGGGAAUAUAAUUUUGGCUGUUUCAACAAUAUUACUUUAGAACAGAGUGGAUUUAAUGCAGCAUCUUUAGAUAUAGCCCAAAGACGUGACAAACGGCGUAUAGCUCAAAGUGAGAAUAGAAGUUCUGAUAUCUGGAAAAAGAAAAGAAUUGAAAAAAAGAUUGCUAAAUCAGUUAAAACCACAAAAAAUAUUAAAAAAGAAGGGAAAACAUAUGGUUCUGGCAAAUUUUAA